AUGACGGUCCUCCCGCCUGGGUCAAUCGAGGUGGCUCCGAUCGAAGCGACGAGGCUCGGUGGGUCGAAGGUUGUGUCGAAGGCGGAAGAGGCUGGAGGGAUAACGGGGCGUUGGGGCGGAAGGGGGAACUCGCCGCGCUCGAACAACUCGCAUCGAGGUUGCUCGAGAAACUUUACCACCAACUCCUUCGCGAAAUCGAGCACGACGCCGCGAUGGCCAAGAAGCAGCGGUUGCCGAUGCGUAGGUCGAUGCUUCUGUUGCGCUGCUUUGCUUCUCGCUUUCGAGCGAAGCACGCAUAUCGACGCCGCUCUCCUCGCCUCCUCGGUCUCACACCUUGGACGGACCGGUACAGGCCGAAACGGUUUGUCGACUUGCUCGGCGACGAGCGCGUCCACCGCACCGCCCUCCUCUGGCUCGAAGAAUGGGACGCCUGCGUCUUCAAAAGCACCUCAAAAGCGACUGCUGCGGUCGAGUGGAAGCGGGAGAGGAGUAAGAAGAGGGCGAGGGAGGGGACUUCCGGAGCGGGAGGGUCAGAGGGAGGGUUUGAGGAGGCAGCACGCUCCCGACCCGUACGGGCUGCCGCAAGAAAAGAUUCUCCUCCUCCCCGACCCUCCAGGGCUCGGCAAAACCGACCUCGCGCACGUCCUCCCCGGUCAAGCAGGCUACCAAGUCCUCGAAAUUGAUACUUCAGACGACCGGACCUCCCGCAUCGUCGACGAGCGGAUCAGGAACGCGGUCUACUUGCAGGCGUUGAUGACGGUGAGGCCGACGUGUGUCGUGGUGGACGAGAUUGAUGGAGCGGGAGACGGAGGAGGUCCGAGCUUCGUCAAGACGCUCGUCAAGCUCGUCACCGAAGGCUCGUCGCUGAAGAAGCCAUCGAGAAAGGGUAAGGGCAAGCAGCAACGACCGCUUCUACGACCGAUCAUCUGCAUCUGCAACGACCUCUACGCCCCUGCCCUCCGCCCUCUCCGCCCCCUUGCAAAAAUCAUCCGCUUCAACCCGCCCACCGCGCCAAUGCUCAUCAAGCGCCUCCGCACGAUCUGCGACGUCGAAGGAUUGUCGACCGAGAACAAGCAUCUGUCGCUGCUGUUCAUCAAGCGCAACGGCUCGACCGCGGACAAGCGCGCGAUCCGCUCAUCCGCCCUCGGUCAGAAAGACACCGGCACAUCCUCGUCGCAAGUUCUCGACCGGCUCUUCAAGAAACCGCCGAGGAAGCGCAGAGCACCGUUGGGCGACGGAGUCGCCGCAAACGAGCGGUAUGUCGCGAGGAUCGUCAACGACGUCCAGACGAGCGGCGAGUACGAGAAGAUCGCGCAAGGCUGCUUCGAGAAAUACCUCACCGCCCGGCCAACCAACAACGAAGCACUUCCUCGCAUCCUCCAAGCGCUCGACUGGAUCUAUCUCUACGACCAGCUCGACAACCGUCUCCGCUCCGAGCGCGAGUACGAGUUGCUCGCCUACGUCCCGUACUCGUUCGUCGCUUGGUAUCCGCUGUUCAGCUCGCAAGUCCCGAACCCGAUGUAUCUCAAGCGUAUCGCACACCAAGAAGCGGCCGAUGCCUUCGCCGCGAGCGUUCCGCAGCACAUCAAGACCCUCUUCAGCGGUCCAAACACUGUGGCCGAGCUCUUGCCGCUCCUGAAUCGCAUUGUCGCGCCCGAUUUCAAGCCCGUCAACAGCCAAGUCGUCAAGAACGAGGAGCGGGCGCCCCUGAUGCGUCUCGUCAAUACAAUGAUCAGCACCAAGCUCGCGUUCGUGCUUGACAAAAGCGAGGACGGCCAGCUCUUGUUCAAGCUCGACCCUCCAAUCGACGUCUUUGUUCACUUCGACGGCAAGCGGCCGACUGACAUCGCUCCGGGUCGCUACGCUGUCCGCCAGAUGGUCAACCGCGACCUCCGCCGGACCGACCAAGACGCGUGCGAGAUCUUCUCCGCCUACAAGACGAACCCGGCGAAGGCUGCAGCGCACGCAUGCUCUCCCGCAGCAGAAGGCGACUCGCUCGCCAUCGCGCCUCCUCCGCCGAAGCGCGUCCGACAGGCGACGCACCGCUUCAACGAGGGUUUCUCGAACGCCGUACGCGUCAACAAGAAGGUCUCCGAUUUCUUCUAG